AUAAAUAAACAGCUCCGAUGCUAACGUGGAAGUCUCGGGGGCUAACGAGGACAAGUGUGGUGGUGGUACAAACGCUCGAACUGCAACCAGAGGAAGAAGAGAUAACAUAAAGUAAAGACUAAAGAAAGAAGAUGGGGAAGGCCACGGACGUGGCAGCAGCAUCAUCAUCAUCAUCAAGCCAUAGAAUUGCCAGCAACAGCGCAGAAGAAGAUUCUGAUCAAUCAAAGAAUCCAUCGUUUCCCGCUGUUAAUAUCUCUUCACGCAAUGCCUCCUCCAAAUAUGACUUUGUGAAGGUAAAAGUGUGGCUAGGCGAUCACGCCGAUCAUUACUACGUCUUGUCCAGAUUUUUGCUCAGCAGAAUGCUGACUGUUACUAAGAUUCCGAACCAUGUCGCUAUUAAAAUUGCUCUUGAACUUAAGAAGCUGCUCAUUGAUAACAGCCUUCUCGAUGUGUCUCAAACUGAUCUGGAAGCUAACCUAUUUAAACUUAUGGAGCGGCGGGGUUAUGGAGAGGAGUACAUAAAUCGUUACAAGAUGAUGACAAGAUUUCACCAUCAGAGGGUGCCAUUGGUAAUUCUUGUUUGUGGAACGGCCUGCGUCGGGAAGUCUACGAUAGCUACACAACUUGCACAGAGGCUGAAUUUGCCUAAUGUCUUGCAGACAGAUAUGGUGUAUGAAUUGCUACGGACAUCAACAGAUGCACCAUUGGCAUCUACUCCUGUGUGGGCACGAGAGUUCAGCUCUUCUGAGGAGCUAAUUACUGAGUUUUGUAGAGAAUGCAGAAUUGUUCGUAAAGGCUUGGCUGGUGAUUUGAAGAAAGCAAUGAAAGAUGGAAAACCAAUUAUCAUUGAGGGGAUACAUUUGGAUCCAAGCAUUUAUUUAAUGGAUGAAGAAAACAAGUCAUCUGCUAACAUGCCAGAAAAACAUAAGGAAGCAACUCCUCUAUCUCAGACAGAUAAUGAUCCUGAAAAACACAUGGAGGAUAUUCAUAAAACUGUUAGUGGAAAUCAUAAUGAACGUAGUAACCACACUCAUGGGGAUGUAAGUUUGGAAGAGGGGAACUCAGGUGACCAGGUGAAUCUCCAAAAUUGUCAUGAAUCUGGUAACACCGCAGGAGGUAUUUCCGACAAUAAAGAUAUUAAAAGAGACAGAAACGCUUCUGUUAAGAAAGAAAAGUCUGGUCCUGAUCCAAUAAUUAUACCCAUAGUUCUUAAGAUGGCAGAAUUUGAUCAUAAGGCGUUACUUGAGGAGUGGAUUUUGACGCGCACAUAUAGCGAGAAAUGCCCAGUUCAGGAUAAAGAAAGGCUAAUUGCCAAUCUAAAAACCAUUCAGGGCUAUCUUUGCUCUUUUAAGUCACAGGGUCUGACUGUUGUCAAUAUAUCCGCGACAACAUUCCCUCAAACACUUGAUUGGCUGCAUGGAUAUCUUCUUCAGUGCAUUGAACAAGGUAUUUCAUCAGUGUCCAGUGAAAGGGGUAGGCAGCCAGCUGAAAAGUAGGUCGCAUACAGAUGUUAGCUUGAGCAGUGGCUGAAACUGGGUGAAGAAUUUUGGUUUUUUAAGUGUUGAAAACAACUGGAUGGGUAGUGUCCAAAAGCAAAUUAAAAAAAAAAAAGCUUCUAGCAAGUACAUUGAAUUCGCAAGCUUCCAGUGAGAUAAAGGCUACAUGAAGUUUCUACUGUUGUUCAUGGGACCAACCAAUCUCUAGCUUCUUCAAUGGCAGAACUUGCCUUUUCCAUGAUUUAGUUACCCCCUCUGCUAGAAUGGGCUCUGGGAACUGCUCACUGGAUCAGGUAAAUUAAGGCAUCGUUCUAUUGUUAAUGGUGCUAGUCCUUGGGGAUAGAUGAAAAUGGGCAUGGAGAAAUAAUCACAGUGCAUUUGUAACCUUAUUAUGUCUGAUUGAAACACUAUAAUUUAUGCAAUUCUCAAAUGGCGUUUAUCCUUCC